GCUAGGUGGUAGACAGAGACAUCCUGUUGUUCAGCACGUGCCCUCUUUCGUUUCGUGCCUCCUUCGAGUCCGCUCCUGAAGGUGUUUGCCACGAGCUUUUGGCAAAGUAAACACCUCAACCCUCCCGCAAAAGACGCGCUAGGGCCCUACGCCCGCGCCUGGUUGUUGUGCUCAAGACUCCUUGGUCGACGCUUGGUCGAGAUGCAGCGUCUCCACCAUGGAGGAUCCCAGCGAAGUGAAGCUGCCACCCAUGGCCUUGCGCUGCACCGACGCCGGCACCCCACCGCCGCCCGCGGCGCGGCAGCCCGCGUUGGUGCCGGUUCGCGAUGCGUGGCUGCCGGUGGCGCCGGUGGCACCUGCGCCAGAGGUGAAAGCAGAGGCGAUCCUGGAGCUCCUGCAGAGCAUGGAGCCAAUGGAUGCGGAGCUGUUGCGUGCCACCCGCUGGCAUGCCGUCUUGAACUGGGCUGGGUAUGUCUUCCGUGCCGGGCGCCACAAGAACUUCUACCGCCACAGCUUCAUCACAGAGAAGUUUGAUCAAUUCAUUUCUCACAGCUGGCACGGGAAGUCCUGGCAGAAGAUUUUGCUCUUGAUGGUCAUGCAGAAUGGUUUGCCUGCUUGCAUCUUUGGUACGCUGAGUGCCUUUGCCAUGGCCCUGGUCUGGCAACUGGAGUGGUCUGGUCUGCCGGGCUACCAGAUCGCUGCGAACGCCGACGCUGAACAUGUAGUGGUCUCGUUCUGGUCCUUGUUCGCGGGACUUCUGAGCACCAUGGUGAUCCUGGUGCUUUGGAGGCCUCCGGGCAACGUGUUCUUGGAUCGUGUCUGCAUCAAUCAGUUCAACCAGGAUCUGAAGGUCAUGGGGAUCAUUAGCUUGGGCGCGAUCCUCAAACGCUCGGACUCCAUCUUGGUGGUCUGGGAUGAAAACUACGUGGAGAGACUAUGGUGUCUCUUCGAACUGGCAGCAUUUCUGAAAACCCAUUUGCCAGAUGAGGGCCGCAUCCAGGUGAAACCGGUGGGAUUCGGAUCCGUUUGCUUUCUGGCCAGCGCCACACUCUCAGUCUUUGCUGUCUACGUCUUGUUCACGGGCGAGGUGGAGGCCUACGUCUUGUGGACGUUGAGAGUCUUGGGAGUUCUCUGCACCUACAUCUUUCUCAAGCUGACUCGGCAUCACUUCGACAGCUGGGACAGUGCCGAUCGGCGGCUCCGCGCUUUCGAGUUGAAAGGGGCCAAGUGCUGGUGUUGCAGUGUGAAGCAUGUGGACCCGGAUGGAAAACCUGUGGAGAUUUGCGAUCGAGAAGUGGUGGUGAAGUGUGUUAUCAGCUGGUUCGGCUCUGUGGCGGAGUUCGAGGAGUGCGUGCAGAGCUCGGUGGCCAAAGCGUUGGCGGAGAACCAGGGCACGGAGACUUCCUAUGCUUCGAAGUUAGGAUCGACGACGCCGAUCCUGUGGGUCGGGAUGGAUCUGGUGGCGAGUUACUCUCGCAUCGACUCCUUGCGAGCACAAGCACCCAUCUUGGCGCUGCAGUUCGUGGCUUGCUGGCUUUGGUGCAUCCCCAGCUGCAUCAACUUGGCGAUGUUCUUGGCCAGAAGCGCUUCCAGGGUCAGGUUGUCCUGCCCGUGCUUCGAGCACUUGAGAGAUCUCCUUUUCACCGCUCUGCUGGUGCUAUGUCUCACAUCUGCACGUGCCAGCGUGGCCUCUUCGCACGGCUCGCCGGAAAGCCAGGUGCUGGGUUGUGCGCUCUUUGCCUCCAUUUGGCUGAGCUGCUUCGUCCUUUCGCAAAGGCUGCUGCGCUGCGGGCACCGUGCUGCUAAAGAGAACAGCUCGGUGCGGCCGAGUGGGCGUGGGGGCUCGGCCUCUCCGACAGGGAGAGGAGUGCCAGGAGGCUGAGGAUCAGAGA